AACAUAAAGAUAGGAGAAGCAAAGCACUACCAGGUCCAUCAAAAGAACACCAACAGGAUCUUAUACAUGAUAUCAAUGAAUAUGAUGAAAUUAGUGAAAGUUCUUUUGAUGAUCAAGAAAGUUUUGGUUAUUCUUCUAAAAAUGGAACUGAAAACAUCAUUACAACUACUAAUAUAAUUAAUAGAGUGGAAGAAUUUAGUGAAAGUGAUAUGAAAGUUUCUGGCAGUGGUAGUAACAAGAGUAAUAGUAAUGAAAAUCAUGUAAUAUCAGUAGUUGUUGGACACCAUGUUGUUGAGGGAUUACAAACAAUUGAUGAAGAAGAAGGUGGUGGUGGUGGUGAAAAUCAAGAUGAUAUAUCUGAAGGUGGACAAAGAUACACUACUCAUUGGGCUACUAAAUGGACCAAAGAGGAAACAUCAAUUCUUUUGAAGUAUGUAUUUCAAAAAAAAAAUAAUUGUAUCAAGCUUCAAAAACUAGGUAUAUCACAAAAAAAUACUGCUAUUACUUUAAAAUGGAAAUCUAUGAAAAGAAAGAUAAAAGAUCUAUUCAAUGUUAAUUUUUAG